UUAUGAUGUUUAUAUACAGGUGCAAGCAGUGUUACUGUUGUUGGGUGGACAAGAAUUGUCUCCUGACUUUCCGGGCAUGACAUCACCGGACAAUGUACAUCACAGGCUUCCGAAUGAUAUUACACGACUCUCCACCAAUCCUCAUAGGUUAGCUUCUAUAAUGAGGUAUCGGGAGAAGAGGAAAAACUUGUGCUUUGAUAAGAAAGUACUCUAUGAAGUCAGACAAGAUGUUGCUUCUAGAAUGAAACGACACAAAGGGCAGUUUGCAUCAUCGAAGAAAAAUUCUGAGGAAGCAGUCUCUCCUUCUUCAAGUGGUGAGCAUGCUCAAAGCAAUUCUCAGGAGGAAACAGUAUCAAGCUUUUGCCAAAACUGUGGAACUCCUAAAGGUGCGACUCCAAUGAUGCGUCGUGGCCCAGCUGGACCAAGAUCUCUGUGCAAUGCUUGUGGGCUGAUGUGGGCAAAUAAGGGAACGUUAAGAAGUCCUUCACAACCUUCAUCUUCUGGCAUCCAGAACUCUCCCACUAACCCAACUGAGCAGAGUGAUGCCAACGGUUCUGAUAUUGGUAGCAAUGGCCAUAUGUUUUCUGCAACAUCAAAUGGGCCAGAGUCCACUAUGAUCGCUAGAAUUGAUGCAUCCAUGGAGUAUGCCGAUGGCUGAGGACAGCAAUUGGGCUAUGAAGAUAGAUCUUGAGUAGUUAGCAUUUUCGAGCAGCCUGCGCCUUGUGGUUUCUGUAUUUAUAGAGAUCACAAGAAAGCUGAUACUCGAGGAGUCUUUUUACUAACUGUAAUUAGUGUUUCUUUCGACGCCUUAGGGACUUUAGAGAUUGUAAGAUUAUGAUCUUGUCUAUAGCAUUUUAAUUUUUUUUUUCUCAUAAGGUUGACCAUUUUUAUGCGGUGGAUAUGCACAUUUGUUGUGUGGUUGUGUUGUCAGUAUGCCAACUCUUCAUAAGUUCCCUGUUGUAUUUGGCAAUUUUAAGGUCUUGCAA